CGUUCGUCGCAUACAAUGUGUAUGUGAGAAGUCAAAGUCGGUAGUGCUCGUUGCACGGCAUUAUGUUCCACAUGCCGUCGGUGAAAUGGUUGACCCGCAUCAACAAUGGUGGCCUCAUCAACCAGUUCUUCAUGGCUUUAAUGGUGACCAUCCCGGUGCUUAAUUUCGGGAUGCUCCUCGGAUGGCAGUCACCCAUGACACCUAUACUGCAGUCCCCGACGGGCCCAGCCCCUGAGCCUAUUACGGAUGAGACUAUAUCCUGGAUGGCGUCGCUGGUCUUCUUCCCACCCAUAUUCUGUGGGUUUCUCAUGGGAAACCUAGUCGACCUGGUCGGUAGAAAAAAAGUUACACUUCUGACUUCUUUGUUUUUAUUGAUAAGUUGGACGAUAACGCUAUUCUCGCUGCGGCCGUGGGCACUCAUCCUGUCUCGAGCCGUCGCGGGUUUCGCCUGCGCUAGUUGCUAUGUAGUCACACCUUUAUAUCUAAAAGAGAUCGCAUCAGACAACGUGAGAGGUGCGCUUGGAUCACUUUUCAUUUUAUCCCAAAACCUCGGUUACUUAUUGGUAUACAUAGCUGGAGAUCUACUCUCCUUCACUAUGGUUAUGUGGAUUUGUACUGCAGUGCCACUACUACACCUCGUUACCUUCCUAGCGAUGCCAGAAACACCAGUAUUCCUUGUGAAACAAGGGAAACAACAGGAAGCGCGGGCAGCGCUGGCCUGGUUACGGAAUACCACAGAAGAUGACAAGAACCUAGAGGAGGCAGUACAGCAACUGGAGAGAGAGGAAGAAUAUUCCAGGUCCGUGAAGAAGAGCAGCUGGAAGGAUUUGGUGAAAGACAAAACAAUAUUCAAAGCCUUCCGGAUAGCAAUCAACGUGAUGCUGCUACAGGAGACCUGUGGCUACCUCGUUGUACUAACUUACGCCGGCUCGAUCUUCGAACAGGCAUCCGAGUCUAUCAACUUAAAACUGAGUCCGAACAAGCAGACGAUAGUCAUAGGAGCAAUACAAUUGCUUGGGUCCAUCGUCGCCAGCUGUAUUGUGGAGCAAACUGGACGAAAGUGGCUGUUGGCUAGUACAUCGUUUGCGACCGGCCUGUCAAUGCUGGGCCUCGGCGCGUGGUUCUACGUAACUUCCAUGUCAGUGUGGUUGCCAGGCUGGUUGCCGGUGCUCGCUAUGGGACUAUGCAUCUUCUCUGAUGCGGCCGGCUACCAACCUGUACCAUAUGUGAUUACUUCAGAAUUGUUUUCAUUUCAACAUCGCGGUAUGGCCACAUCUAUAAUUACGUCAUUCACAGCACUCAGUGACUUCCUUCAAACAAAAGCUUACGACCCUCUUCUAAAACUGCUCGGUAUACAUUGGGUAUUCAUGAUGUUCUCAAUUGUAUGCUUCCUUGGUACAUUUUACACGAUAAUGUGGGUACCAGAGACUAAAAAUAGAAGUGUAGAGGAGAUCUACGCACUUUUAGAAGACGGAAGAAAGAAGCAGAAGAACAGGGACGCAGAAGUAGCGAAAGAAGUUAGCAGAUUAUAAGUAAUUACGCUUUGCUCAAAACUAGAUAUGUUUAGAAAUUAGUCUUAAUUAUGACAUGGUCUUGAAUAAUUGUGAGAUUAUCCUGAUGGCUCUUAUUUAUAUUGUGAUAAAGUUUGAUAUCGUACUAAAAAUGACGCGCCAUAUCAUUCCUGAAUGUGAUAUAAAUAACGAAUUACUUAAUUUAGUAUUAUUGACAAAGGUAUUAAAAUUAUAUUUUUAAGA